CUCUUCACACUCGCUCUUGUACCAGUAGCUCCUUCUCUCAAAAGCUUCCAAGAUGUGCAAUGCUCAGUUCCGCGCCUCUUCACACAGUGGUACCACAGUGACGUCUUCCACCAAACAAAAGAUCGCAACCGGCAGGAACAAGGUCAAAGUCAAAGCAAGAACGACACAACAGCUUUCCAAGUUACCAAGAACCGCUGCCCUGCCGUCUCCCGCUCCCAACCACCGCCACGGAUCCGCGUUGCGAUAGUGCCUCACCGCUCUCGCUUCCCACGCUUGCCGUCUCUCCCUGGUCCCGUCUGGACGGCAAGAAAAUAUAAUCGCUAGAUCUGCGCAGGUACCACGUCGCUCAACGCCCGUGAUUGGCUGCGCAGCGGAGAUGGCGGCUUCUUUUCCCCAGAUUCUUCGGUGCAGGGUGGCUAAACGAGGCACGGGUCGGAUCCUUUGCUUCUGGAGUGCAGGAAAGAGAGAACGAGAGAUGACAACUUCAACGUUAGCAUAUAUGGCUGACCUUAUACGAGCGGCGAGCUCUAUUU